CUGGCGUGCAAUAAAGACGCAAAGGCGCAACUGUAGCCCACUUCUUCUUUAUACGUCCGAGCAGCGGACUCCGGUCGGUACUUGGAAUAAACGGUAUUUCUGCCCUCUGUCCGUCUUUAUUAUUAGCGCUUCGCUCCGCCCUCCUACCUGUAAAUCUCCCCGCUCUCCUCUGGAGCGGAUCUGACAGGCGCUCUCAGCUGGCCGCUCCGUGCCAGGGCUGCAGGGGACCGAAUGGAGACAGCGAUAACCACCCGAGCGCCAGCCCUUUUACGCAGAAUUGACAACGAAAACGCCCGCAAGAAAACAGUCUUGUUCUCUGCAGUGACAGCUACACACCUCUAGAAUUAAAUUAGAUUCAUGUGCACUUUCUCCCUAGCUUUUCCAACCUUUUUUUUUCUUUUCCAGUCCUCUCACAUUCGAUUGACGCUUCAAGAAAGUGAAAUCGAUUCUCCGCCUGUGAAUCGACAGGAUACCUGAAUGGAAGACGGCUAGAGGUCGACUCGCCGAGAUUGGGCUGCAACAAUUUCCCCCGGCGCUGUGUUUACAUUAACCGAAAUAUCAGUGGCAGCCUCGACGGCUGCAAACGAUGCCGUCUCUGCCAUGGCAUAUGGCGUGAAAGAGCCAGAGAACCCCCUCGGAAGGAGAAGCGCCUAAGAUUCGUCAUUAUUGCGGAUUUAAAUGCCUCUCGCCAAAGGCCACCGACCCGCUGUUUUGGAUAGGUUCGCGUGUGUCGUGUCUCUAUCUGUCACGAACAAACAAUUCACAGGCUUGUGAAAAACAGAAAGAGACUUUAUCGGGUGGGUUAACAUAAUCUACAGCAAAGAGGGAGAUUUUUUUUUAUUUUUCCCAAGCAAUAUGGCUGGUGAGUGGGGCUGGGGACGCUGGCACAGGCUCUCCAAGGCUCCUAAAUGCUAGCUGAGGCAGAUGGCACGGUUCCCCAUGGAAGCGACAGCUCUAUGAGGACAAGCAAUAUCAAUAAUAACAUAAAUCCGGACUCUUCAAUCUUAAUAUCGAGGAUGGCAGACGUUGUCAUCCCGUACUCGUCCGAGGUGCCCUGCGACAAUAAUGGCCAGCGCAUGUGGUGGGCAUUCCUCGCCUCCUCCAUGGUGACGUUUUUUGGGGGUCUCUUCAUCAUUCUGCUAUGGAGGACCCUCAAAUAUCUGUGGACUGUUUGCUGUCACUGCAACAUUAAAAACAAGGAGGCUCAGAAGGUGAACAACCCCGCCAACAAUCAGGCAGCCGACAGACCACCAAAGGGCCCUGAUGAGAAGGAGGAGGCGCCAGCCAAUGAAGUGGGAUGGAUGACUUCAGUCAAAGACUGGGCCGGUGUCAUGAUCUCCGCUCAGACACUCACUGGCAGAGUUCUUGUGGUGUUAGUCUUUGCACUCAGCAUCGGGGCCCUUGGAAUAUACUUUAUAGACUCCUCCGAUCCUAUAGAAUCCUGCCAGAACUUCUACAAAGAUUUCACGUUACAGAUUGAUAUGGCCUUCAACGUAUUCUUCCUUCUUUACUUUGGCCUGCGGUUUAUAGCAGCCAAUGACAAGCUGUGGUUCUGGCUGGAGGUCAACUCAGUGGUUGACUUCUUCACUGUUCCUCCUGUGUUCGUCUCUGUCUACUUAAACAGAAGCUGGCUUGGUUUAAGAUUCCUGAGAGCACUAAGAUUGAUACAGUUCUCAGAGAUUUUGCAAUUCUUAAAUAUCUUGAAAACAAGCAAUUCCAUCAAGCUGGUGAACCUGUGUUCCAUCUUCAUAAGCACAUGGCUCACAGCUGCUGGAUUCAUACAUUUGGUGGAAAACUCAGGGGAUCCUUGGGAAAACUUCCAAAAUUCCCAGUCACUAUCAUAUUGGGAAUGUGUCUACUUGCUGAUGGUGACUAUGUCUACAGUGGGCUACGGGGAUGUCUAUGCAAGAACCACCUUGGGGCGCCUCUUUAUGGUCUUCUUCAUCCUUGGCGGUUUGGCCAUGUUUGCCAGCUACGUCCCUGAAAUCAUAGAGUUAAUAGGAAACCGCAAGAAAUAUGGUGGUUCCUAUAGUGCGGUUAAUGGGAGAAAGCACAUUGUGGUCUGUGGUCAUAUUACCCUCGAAAGUGUCUCCAACUUCCUCAAAGACUUCCUACACAAGGACAGGGAUGAUGUCAAUGUAGAAAUUGUUUUUCUCCAUAAUAUUUCCCCUAAUCUUGAGCUGGAAGCCUUGUUCAAACGCCAUUUUACCCAAGUAGAGUUCUACCAGGGAUCGGUUCUCAACCCUCAUGAUCUGGCCCGAGUGAAGAUCGAGUCAGCAGAUGCCUGCUUAAUCCUAGCCAACAAGUAUUGUGCAGAUCCUGAUGCUGAAGAUGCCUCCAACAUCAUGAGGGUCAUUUCCAUCAAGAACUAUCACCCCAAGAUUAGAAUAAUCACACAGAUGCUGCAGUAUCACAAUAAGGCCCAUCUACUGAAUAUUCCAAGCUGGAACUGGAAGGAGGGUGAUGAUGCUAUCUGCUUGGCAGAGCUGAAGGCAGGCUUCAUUGCGCAGAGUUGUCUGGCCCAGGGCCUGUCGACAAUGCUAGCCAAUCUCUUCUCCAUGAGGUCCUUUAUUGAGAUCGAGGAGGACACAUGGCAGAAGUAUUACCUUGAAGGAGUGGCUAAUGAGAUGUACACAGAGUAUUUGUCCAGUGCCUUUGUAGGCCUCUCCUUCCCCAUGGUCUGCGAGCUGUGUUACGUGAAACUGAAGCUGUUGCUUAUUGCCAUUGAAUUCAAGUCUGAGCAGAGAGAGAGCAGCAUUCUCAUCAACCCGGGCAACCAUGUCAAGCUGCAGGAGGGAACACUGGGAUUUUUUAUCGCUAGUGAUGCCAAAGAAGUAAAAAGAGCAUUUUUCUACUGCAAAGCUUGUCAUGAUGACAUCACAGACCCCAAACGGAUCAAGAAGUGCGGCUGCAAGCGACUGAUUUAUUCCAAGAUGUCCGUCUACAAACGAAUGAAACUGGCAUGUUGUUUUGAUUGCGGCCGUUCAGAGCAAGACUGCUCUUGCAUGUCAGGCAGUGUACAUAGUAACAUGGACACCCUUCAGAGGGCCUACCCACUUUCCUCUGUCUCUGUUCAUGAUUGCGCAACCACUUUACGUGCCUCAGCAGAUGGCGCUACAACACCAGGAAACAGUGGAAGCCAUAAAGAGGCUGGCGUUCGAUUCAAAGCUGAUUGCAAUAUAGUCGAAGACGAGCAUCCGUCAACGCUCUCGCCCAAAAAAAAGCAGCGCAACGGAGGGAUGCGAAACUCACCCAACUGCUCGCCCAAAAUGAUGAGUCGACACGAUCCCCUUCUAAUUCCUGGAAAUGAACAAAUUGAGAAUAUGGACAUGAACGUGAAGAGGUAUGACUCGACAGGGAUGUUUCACUGGUGCCCUUCAAAAGACAUCGAAAAAGUCAUCCUGACCCGGAGUGAAGCCUCCAUGACAGUGCUAAGCGGCCAUGUAGUGGUCUGUAUAUUUGGGGAUGUCACGUCCGCUUUAGUGGGGCUGCGAAACUUGGUGAUGCCUUUAAGAGCCAGCAACUUCCAUUACCACGAGCUAAAGCCUAUAGUUUUUGUGGGCUCGCUGGAUUACCUUCGGAGAGAGUGGGAAACUUUACACAACUUCCCCAAGGUUUCCAUCUUACCUGGUACACCAUUAAGUCGGGCAGAUUUAAGGGCUGUCAACAUCAACCUCUGCGACAUGUGUGUAAUACUGUCAGCCAAUCAGAACAAUAUCGAAGAUGCGUCUCUGCAGGAUAAGGAAUGCAUCUUGGCAACACUCAACAUCAAAUCUAUGCAGUUUGAUGACAGCAUUGGGGUCUUACAGGCUAAUUCCCAAGGUUUCACGCCUCCUGGAAUGGACAGGUCAUCUCCAGACAGCAGUCCAGUACAUGGCUUCGUGCGUCAGGCAUCUGUCACCACCGGAUCCAACAUCCCCAUCAUCACAGAACUAGCUAAACCUGGCAAACUACUGCCAUUGGUUUCACUCAGUCAGGAAAAAAAAAGUGGAACCAGCAUACAAAUGAUAACAGAGCUGGUGAACGACUCAAACGUUCAGUUCCUGGACCAAGAUGAUGAUGACGACCCAGACACAGAGCUGUACCUCACUCAGCCCUUCGCCUGCGGCACCGCCUUCGCUGUCAGUGUACUCGACUCCCUGAUGAGUGCGACAUACUUUAAUGAUAAUAUCCUCACGCUGAUUCGAACGCUGGUAACAGGGGGAGCCACGCCAGAGCUGGAGGCUCUGCUGGCUGAAGAGAAUGCUCUCAGAGGAGGCUACAGCACACCGCAAACUCUGGCCAACAGAGACAGGUGUCGCGUCGCCCAGCUAGCCCUCUACGAUGGGCCAUUUGCUGACUUAGGGGAUGGCGGCUGCUAUGGAGAUUUAUUCUGCAAAGCACUGAAGACAUACAACAUGCUGUGUUUCGGAAUCUACAGAUUAAGAGAUGCACAUCUCGGUGCACCAAGCCAAUGUACAAAACGGUAUGUGAUCACAAACCCUCCAUACGAAUUUGAACUGGUGCCCACCGACCUGAUCUUCUGCCUAAUGCAGUUCGACCACAACGCCGGCCAGUCCCGGACAAGUUUGUCCCACUCUUCCCACUCCUCCCAUUCCUCCAGCAAAAAGAGCUCAUCCGUGCACUCCAUCCCCCCAUCGAACCGGCAGAACCGCAGCAGCAAGACCCGGGAGUCCCGCGAAAAACAGAAUGCAACAAGGAUGAAUAGAAUGGGCCAAGAAAAGAAAUGGUUUACAGAUGAACCAGAAAAUGCCUACCCAAGGAACAUUCAGAUCAAGCCCAUGAGCACUCACAUGGCCAACCAAGUCAACCAAUACAAAUCCACUAGUAGUCUGAUUCCACCAAUCAGAGAAGUUGAAGAUGAAUGCUGAACACCAGGCUUUCUCGCUGACUCACCAGACAUCUGUACGCUCUUUACGAAAGAGAUUGGAAGAGAUCACCAAAGGAGGGAUGAUGAUGAUGAUGAUGAUGACAGAGGUGGUGAAGAUUGACACAUUUCUCCUCACUCAUUCUUCUAAUUGAGGGUUGGACAGGAACCCAGACUGGGAAGGGACCUCCUAUGUGUAUAUGUUUAAUGUUACUUCCAUGCUCUUGGACAUUUGUUUUAUUUAUUUAUGUGUCCAUAGAAAUGUACAUAAUGACAAUCAAAUAAGGAUUGUACAGCCCCUUCCCUCUAGCACUUUUUGGAAUUAUUUUGAGAGUUGACGGAAAAAAAAAAGAAGAAGAGUACUUCCUGUAAUUCUUUGCAAUAGUUCACCUCUUCAUGUGACCAGACUCCAUGGUUGAGGUGACUGGUUAUUGGAGGAUGAGGGUUGCAGCGAUAAACUGAUCAUAUCAUCUCCCAAAGAUUAACUCAGUUGCGUCACAUCAAACCGGCUGGGUUUAUCGCCGUCAUAUCUCCCGUCUGCUUCUGUUCUAUUUGCACUAAAACUGAACAAGUUUCUUUCCACAGAACAACUGGAAACAUCAACACCCCCACCUCCCCACGCCACCUCUGAGUAAAGAGUCAUUGAGGAGAUGACGGAGGAAGAGCUGCUCGGCUUUGGAGGCAUACUAAUUUUGUUCUCAGUUUGUUACUCAUCGUGUCAUUGCUUUAAGCUUUUGCUGUUUCACCUUGACUCGCCAUGUGUCGCCAUGAGUGAGAUCAAUCCAGCCCUGAAAACAAAAAACAAAAAAAAAGGAAAUCAAAUAUCGCAAAUUGGUAAUCUAAAAACUCAAGACAAUGGUGCAGUGUUGGUGCAUGCUGGCUGGAAGGAGAGCCCGAGUCUUCUGCUGAUGUGUCAGAUACCUGUGCUUGAGCCCAGUAGAUAUCGCGGUUAAUCAGCCUGAAUACAUGAAAAGGAUAAAAAAAAACAACAACAACAACAAAAACCUGCUCUGUCCUUCAUGCAUUCAGGUUUAUGUAUAAACUGUGUGUAUGUGUGUGUUGUAUUACAGCCACUUGUCCUUCUGAUGCUGCACUGUCACUCCCCACCAACACUGAUUUGUAUGUGAUGAAGCACCUUUGAGGGGACAGCAUGUUUGGAAAAAAAAGAAAAAAAGAGUAAUAGACACAAACAGUAGGAGAUCAUAAAUCACUUGGGUGUUCUAACAAAGGCAUUGAGUUGCAUCCAAAACCAAACCAAAAUAGCCAACUAUGAUUGAGCGUAUCUAACAUGAACAGCAGCUGCAUGGCGUUAUAACUGUAACAGCACUGGGAUCACUCAGCAAAGUGGUGUAUUGCCUGUAACAUAAAGUUAAUAUAUGAGGAAAGAAAUGCCACAUAUUGCGUAAUAGUGGGCAUCAGUGGGUCCUCCUUUGAUCGGAGCAACUGCCUGGCACGGGGUUGGCACAGAGGCAGUAAAGAGCUUGGAUGUUCUCUGUUGCCAGCCCAGAUGUCGCACACGCCAAGCUGCUGUGUUCAGUCCUCGAACACGAGGAAAUGCUCAAGCAUAGUUGGUGGAAAUGCAACAAAUGCCACAGGCAUAAGGACAAGGAAGUGGAACGUGCUCGGGUGCAACAUGAGUGUAUUUUCUGUAUGCUAACGCGCCUAUAUAUCCAAAUGAGGCUGGUGCAUGGACGGAGGAUUGACCCGGUAGCCUCGUACUCCUAAUGGUCAACCUCGUCCAAGAAAAAAAAAGUAGUGGGAUUUAUACAUUUCAGCAUAAUUAUUUUAUAUCCAUAAACAUAAUCAAUUUGUACUUAUUUUUCUAGUCAAGAGCAAAGUUAAAAGUACUUUAGGAGAAGACUGAAUUGAUAUAUUUAAUUACAACUACAUAUCAAAAGAUUUUAUGUUGGACUGUCACUUUGUCACGUAUACUAAAACAAAUGAUUAUUUUUUUAAUCGCCCUAGCCCCUCUCUGACAGACUGCAUCACUCUGGAGCUAACAUAGCUUAGACUAGCUUGCAUUGUGAAAACAUCUUCAGCUUGGCAGCUCAGCUCUGUUGAGUGCUUGUAGAAAUAAAUUUAGGCUAAUCGGAAGCCUCCUUUGGUUGCACAGAUGCAGUGUCUACUAAAUAAUGUGUCUACUACUAAGCGUCCCUUGCUGAGAACAUGCAUAAAGGGAAGAAAGGCGUAAAGGAGUUGUGUUUUGGGGGAGGGGGUAAAUGUACUUAACUAAGGAGUGGAUUAGAAUGGUUAAUAAUGACGGGAUGAAUAGAAAGUUUCUCCCACUGUGUGCAGACCAGAACCGAACGACCUUUAUUAGAUGACUGUGACCUAAAUUAGGUCCCUAGCAUGGAGUAGGAGUGUGUACACUACCACAAAGUGUGCUGGUAUUUUCCACAGAAUAUGCCCGGGAGACGCUGUUUGUUUAUUGCAGCGAUCCUGCUCUAUAGAUUGUAAAGAGAACGUCAUUCUGAAAAUAGAAAACAAUUUUGGAAAAUGGAAAAGAUGAUACUGUGCUAAAUAUGUUUGUGUAAACUCAACCCAUGAUAUAGAUCACAUUUCUUUCUCAAUCAAAAUGAUCUGAGCCUCAGUGUCCGUCUAUUGGGUGUGGUACAACUAUGCUGAAGCCUCAUACACAUUGUCCUGAAGUGAACUUUUGAACUGUGAUUACAUCGUUGUCACACAUUGUAGCAAAUAGGUUUCUUUUUGGAAAAAUAUGUGAGUAAAAUGUACGUAUAAUUGGGUUGUUAACGCCAUACUUUCUAGCCUGAACUUUAAGGAAUUAAUAUUUGGUAACGUCGGUCGCUCAUUCUACAUAAAAAUCGACAAACUGAUUGUUCUGUUGAGAAAAAAAAAAACCAUGAAUAUGUAUCUCAAAAAAAUAAAAGAUCUUGGUUUAUUGUAGGAAUGCGGAGACUAUUCAAGUACUGUAUGCGGCACAUGGAUAGGUUAGGCAGAAUUUGAUCAGCCAUCACGAAGAUGAAAGGUAGCACCAAUUCAGCAAUUAUCGAAAGACAGGACAUCCUUCGUUUUCCUGUUUCUAUUACUUUGCUUUGUAACAGGGUUUACAUUCCAUUUUGUCAGCUCAUCAUUAUCUAUCACAAACUGUCACAACUGCUUCUUAUUUGUUUACAGAAUAUUUUUGAGGCACUUAAACAUAGCAAAGUGGUACAUGCUGCAAACCGGCAUAAACUCGCAAAGUAAUGCACCAUUUACUUUCAUUAUACUUGAUUACUGUGCUUUUUUUUUUUAGACCUGAACCCUCAUUGCACAACUCAUUCAGGCUGGCAUUACUCACAACACUGGACUGAGAUGUCUCUCCUUCCUACAUCUUUUCAGAUGUUCUUCGCAUUGUAUACCUCUAAAGUUUUUAGAGUGUUUUUUUUUUGAAGUGCCAUGAAGAGUUCAGUUGAGCAGGCAUCCUUCAGUCAUUCAGGGACACAGGCUACCUUUAAGGGAGUCCACGUGUUUUCCACUGUGAGAAUUAAGUCUUGUACUGACAUGGAGAACAUCCAAGCCAUCAAUGCCUCCAUGCCAGUAUAGUGCCAGGCAGUGCAGGAGGUCAAGAGGAGGGCCCAUAUUAAGUCCCACUAAAGCGAAAAGUGGCAUACAGGAGGCCCGGGGGGCUGAUGGGGCAGAUGGAUACAAGCUUCAGUCAAUAAAUCAUACAUGUCCUAUCUGCCAGAUGCUUUGUUAAAGGUUAGCAGGUUGUGUCAUACAGUGUAAUGAGAUAUGGAUGACUGAAAGAUGCACAGAUGUGUUGUUAUCCACUGAACAAAUCAAAAGACUGACGCGUCAUAUGUUACUGUUACAGUAUGUUGCAUUAAUUUUGUUAAUCUAUUUUUUUGCUGUAAAGGAUGGAAAUAGAAACUUAUUUGCUGGGAAAUGUACUAGAUAUACAAUAGAACAUAAAAUACUUAUGGGGAUAGGAGGUGGGUCUCAAGUCUUAAUAAUACAUGAAAACUGCAUUCAGCAUUUUUUUUUUUUAAAGAAAACUUGCUUUUUUUUGGCUGCCUAUCAGUUCAGGAAGAAUUCAAGAUAUUGCUCUUGUUUAUCACAGAUAGGAUUUCUUAGUACAUCAUCAUUGCAGCAAACGGAAGUUUGACACAGCAGUCUAAUUAGUUUGGAUGCGUUCAAGAUGUGAUGGAUAAAUGGAUUAUUUGAUGGUGCUGAGUUGAUCUACCUGACUCUGUCAAAUAUAAUCUGCUGAUAAAUAUACUGUCUUGUACAAAAAAAUUGUACAUAGAUUGUACAUGGUUUCUUUUUGUAUUUUUUCUCAAAUUAAAAUGGAUGUAUUUGUGUUCUAAA